AAGAAGCAGUUGUGGUACAUAAACCCUGGAAAUGGAGAAACGAGACUUCAGUGGCGCUCACUCAGCAUCUCUGGAAAGCGUAAGAUCGAGUUUUCUCUCCUUCCACUCGCUGGCCCAGAGUGUCCAUCAGCUAAAAUGUCCCAUUUUGUGCUGUUUCACUGGAUUACGAUACAGAUCUUUAUAGUGCACACCGCAUCCGAAGCCGUCGUUAGAGGAGUAAUAGGGCAACCUGUUCAGUUGCCUUGCUUCUACCAGGUGUCACGACAGAAGGACAUCUCCGAUAUGUGCUGGGGCAGAGGUCCCUGCCCAAAUUCAAAGUGCAGUAAUAAAAUUUUGCACACCACUGGGAAUAGGGUGACGUUCAGAAAAUCUCAGAGAUACAGUCUCCGGGGCUAUAUUUCCUAUGGAGAUGUGUCUCUCACGAUUGGGAAAGUGAAGGCAGAGGAUGCAGGUACCUACUGCUGCCGCGUAGAGAUCCCAGGCUGGUUCAAUGACAUCAAACGGAACAUGCGGCUGGAGGUGGUCAGAGCCCCUCCAGUGAUGACAACCACCACGAGAAAGGCUCCCGUUUCCCCCAAACGUUUUAGGAAAACAACUCUUGCUCCCCAAGCAACCUCUGAUCAUCAAACAACAGCAGAGACUGCUGUCCUCCUGACAACCACCGUCCCCGAAGCAACAACUGCAACCACCGAUAAUCAAGCAACAGCAGAGACUGCUGUCCUCCUGACAACCACCGUCCCCGAAGCAACAACUGCAACCUCUGAUCAUCAAACAACAGCAGAGACUGCUGUCCUCCUGACAACCACCGUCCCCGAAGCAACAACUGCAACCACCGAGUCUCCAGCAGUAAUUACACUGGAGACCGUUGCUCCCCCAACAUUUGCUGUCACAGAAAAUUAUACUAUUCCAGCAACUGUGGUGACAACCAGUGCUCUCCCAGAUUUUCCAACUGGUUUCCAAGAAGCUGAUAUGAGGACUGAAGAUGACGAUGUGUUCUGCACAGCAGAGUCUGUCCCUCUUCCUGGAGGCACAAAGGUGACUACCAAAUUGCCAAGUACACUUCCGACUGCAGAGGGAACUAAAAGUGCUCACACUUCUCUCAUGGUGGAAGACGUGCCAACUGCAGCAACAACCCCUCCGGCAGCAACCACGCUUCAGACCCCAGAGAGAACCCUUGCUCCUUCAGCAAGUUCAGACGGCAAUGCUGAGAAACAUGAUGUUAACAGAGAUAAGUUUCCCAGCUAUGCCAUUAUUAUUGCCUGUCUCCUAGUGGUGUCCAUUCUUUUCAUAUUGAUGCUCUCGUUGUUGUUUUGGAAACGACUGUGUCACCACGAGGAGACCAGGGAGCAUGAGUUGGUGGGGAUGCAGCAGGAGGAAGCCUGUGCAAAGAACCUGUUCACUCACUUGUUGCAGGUAAACACACAAAGAAGUUUAUAAUAAAAAGCCUUGGACGAGCGGAAGACCUUGAAAAAGUUUUUAGUGGCACUGAAGGAGAAAACAGCAUUUUUUCCCUAUGAAGAUCUCCUACAUCAUCUGUAGAUGCCAUGGAAAAUGAAAAGGGCCUGUUUCAUGCUGCAUUGAGAGAUGCUUAUGAGCCCUCAAAAUACCAAUGGGUGUAAACCAAAGGCCAAAGCUUCGACUGUGAAAAUUUAAAAUCUUUGUGCAAAUUUUGCCAUGUCACCUUUAAAAUGCAGUGCAUGAAGAAGCUUCUUUGAGAAGGUGCUUUAUGCAUUAUUCAUAGGUGUUUCUGGCAUCUGCCUUCUUACUAAUACCAUGUUACAGAACUGAAUCUGCUUUCCUCCAUUUUUACUAAUGCACUUCCUUGAAUACAACUUAUACUGUGAGGAACAGAAAAGAGAAGAAAACAUGGAAUGCUGCCUAACUUCAAAUUGCCAAAAAAAAAGAAAAGAAAAAAAUCAGCAAAUACAGUUCUUAUUGCUUUUAUAUAAUCAAGAGAAAAAUUAAGCCACAAGAAGGCUGUGAGUAUAAAUCAAAAAUGCAGAUUACUUAAGGAGUACCAAUGCUGCCUGUGAUUCAGCAUGUUAGAAUGACCCUUGGAGACUAUGUUAAUAAACUUUGUAAUUUACCACUA